UUUUCCUCCGUUAAAGAAGAGGGGCAGGACACCCCAUCCCUCCCCGCUCAAGCGGCUUUGCAAACAUCUGGGCAGAGACAGCUACAGACGUGAGGAUACACCGUGGUUCCCAGUAUGACUGGGACCUUUCCAGAGGUGCCUUCACUUGGGAUAACAGGCAGAGUACGGAGGAGACCAGCGCCUCUGGGACUAUGCUUUGGAGCAGCCUGAGCAAAAGACAUGGCUGAGUUUGCCCAAAGCAUGGAUAACAGCAGCAGUCCUUUUCUUCUCCCUACCUUACUGCUCCUGCUGCAGAACACGAGCAACCCCAAAACCUCCAUCCCUCCUGCUGGCUAUGAGAUGACAGAAUCGUCACCCACAAGACCCGGCUCAAGCAGGAACCACACUCUCUUAGACUACGGACUGAGGCCGGGGGAAAUUGCAGCAGCCAGCAUGGUUUGGGGAGUGUUGUGGCUGGUUUCUAUCUUGGGAAACUUCCUUGUCUGCUUAGUGAUCCACAGGAGCAGGAGGACACAAUCCACCACCAACUAUUUUGUGGUCUCCAUGGCUUGUGCAGACCUGCUCACCAGUGUUGUGAGUGCACCCUUCCUGCUGCUCCAGUUGACCUACGGCAGGUGGAUGCUGGGGAAUGGGAUGUGCAAGCUGGUGAGGUACAUACAGUACCUCACCCCAGCAGUCCAGAUCUACGUGCUCUUCUCCAUAGGCGUGGAUCGAUUCUACACUAUUGUCCAUCCCCUGAGCUUCAAAGUGUCCAGGGAGAAAGCCAAGAAAAUGAUUCUGGCCUCUUGGCUCUGUGGUGCUCUGUUUGCAUCACCAGCUUGUUUUCUCUACAGCUCCAACAGUGACCACCACUGCAACUUUUUUCUACCCAAUUCUUGGCAAGGAACUGUCUAUAGUAUCACCCACCUCUCGGUGGUGUUUUUGAUCCCAUCCCUCCUCAUUAUCCUCUUUUACAAGAGAGUAAUUAAGUACAUUUGGAGAAUAGGCACAGAUGGAAUGACUGUCAGGAGGACAACAAAUAUUGUCCCAAGAACAAAAGUGAAAACCAUCAAGAUGUUCUUAAUGUUAAACUCGAUAUUUCUCUUGUCCUGUCUCCCUUUCUACAUGGUACAGCUGUGGCACCCACAGGAAACAGACUACAGAAAGAGCUCCUUGGUUUUCCUGGCUAUUACCUGGAUCUCUUUUAGUUCCUCAGCCUCUAAGCCAACCCUCUACUCCAUCUAUAAUGCAAACUUCAGAAGGGGGAUGAAAGAAACUUUUUGCAUGUCUGCCAUGAAAUGCUACAGAAGCAAUGCAUACACCAUCACCACCAGUUCCAGGAUAGCAAAAAAAAAUCAUGUUGGUAUUGCAGAUAUUCCAGCGACGGCCAAAAGUGUCACCAAAGACUCCACCUAUGACGCUUUUAACAGAGAAGCCAAGGAAAGAAAGCUUGCCUGGCCUAUUCCAUCCAAUCCCCCAAAUACAUUUGUCUAGUGGACUUCAUUGCUUUGAAAAGUUACCUUGUAGUCCCAGAAGAAGUAGUCUUCUCUCCUUUUUGAACCAAUGUAUAGUUACAUAUUUUUAACACAGGUUUUAGGAGGGAAAAAAGAGAUGUUUUAUUUUAUUAAAUGC